AUGAUAGAGAUAAAGGAGAGAAAAUACGAUGUCAUUCAAGACAGUAAAAUCAAUAUCAAACAUAACAAGAGAAUCAUACUCAACGUUGGAGGGAUUAAGUAUGAAACCUACCGUUCAACGUUAACCGCAUACCCUAAUACUCUCCUUGGUACAAUGUUCGCAGAUCGUAAUCUAUCUCUCCUACACAAAACAGACGAUAACGAGUACUUUAUAGAUAGGAACGGGCAUGCCUUUUAUUAUAUCCUAGAAUUCUAUCGCACCGGAAAGCUGUCGUGGAAAGAAGAAGAGGCAAAGUGUGUAUGUGGAGGAGUAUGGAAUGUAGCGAACAGUAGCGAUAGCGGGCAUACAGACAGGAAUGGCAGCAAUAGUAGCAGCGUUGCAUCGCCGUUAUCUCCGCUAUCCUCAUCGUCACUUCUCUCUUCCUCCAUAUCAUCCUCAUCAUCCUCAUCGUAUCCAUUUUCCUCUCAUACACAUAUUCACUCGCAAUCAUCCACACCCUUUCCCUAUCGCCCACGCGUAACCCGUGAAGAGCUCUUUUCCGAACUGCACUACUUUCAACUCCCCAUUCACGCUAUUUUCUCCUCGUUUACUCAUCGCGCUGCUGGACACCGCCUGACUCUUUUCACACAAGCGCUCGAAAAAGUCUUGUACAUCCUCGCAAGCGAGUUCCAAUCUUCCAUAAGAAUAGAUUUCCGCAAAAACCAACAAGCACCUCAUAUCACAGUCUUGUCGUCCGAGAAUGAAGAAACAGUGUUGAAGACAAUCGUUGCAAAGGCUGUAAAACCAUUCAGAUCUGUUGGAUAUACCAUAUUAGACAAGUUUGGAGAAGAGAUCAGAAUGUAUCUCGAAAGCGAAGUGGAGGGAUUAAAGUUUGAUUUGAGUCAUGUGGAUAAUUUCAAUUGGUUUAGAUUGGAAAUGAAGAUUGAUUAUUUGGAUAGGGAAAUUGUACUAGAGAACAGUACUAUUGGCGAUAAAUGGAGAGUAGAGAACGUGGAAUAUAGAGCUACAAUGUGA